AUGACGGUGCCCACGCUCCCGAAGACGCUCGACGGGCAGCCGACGUCGAGGUGGCGCGCUGCAGACACCAGCGUCGUCAUGCGGACCGCCGAUGAAAGGACGUCACUGCUGCUGGACGAGACCUUCUCGUCGAUGAAGGAGGAGGAGGCAGAGGAGCCGCUGCCGACGUUCAACGAGGAAUCGUGUGCCAUUUGGAACAUGGGCUGGCUGGUGAGCGUCACCACCUUCUGCCGUAUCUCGUUGACUACGGUGAGCACGGCGUUUCUGGGCCACUUGGGAUCGAAGGAGCUCGCAGCCAGUGCGCUGGCGAGCGUCUGGACCAACGGGGUGCAGAUGCUCAUCUUCGGUUUCGCGAUCUCCGUGUGCACGCUGUGCGGUCAGGCUUACGGUGCGAGGAAUUACGCCCUCGUGGGCGUGUGGCUGCAGUUGGCGCUGAUCUUCAUCACGCUUCUGUCAAUUCCGGUGAUGAUCUCGUUCUUCUACGUGGAUAUAGUGCUAAGACUGGUGACGGACGAUCUCGAGGUUCUGAUGCUUGCUGACAGAUAUGCUCGCUAUCUUACCCCGACGGUCUUACCGCAGGCAAUUUACUGCGCGCUUAGACAAUAUCUUCAGUCCCAGGAGAUCAUGGAACCACCAGCCGUCAUCGGCGUCGCUAGUGUCGGCAUAUCGUUGAUCACUAACUACGUCUUCAUCUAUGGCUGCGGUCCGUUCCCGGCGCUGGGCUUUAUCGGUGCGCCCAUCGCACAAAGCGUAUCGUCGAUCUUCCAGCCGGUAGCGCUCGUGGUGUACGGCUUCUGGUACAAGGGAUACCAUCGGAGGACCUGGGAUGGCUUCGAUCUUGCAGCCUGUAUGCAAUGGGAACGCGUGCGCGCUUUUGUAUCUCUCUCCGUGGGAAUGACAAUCAACCAAGCUCUUGACGAGUGGGUGUACAACGUAAUCUCAGCGCUAGCGGGAUCGUUGGGCUCGGUGAAGCUAGCAGCUAACAGCGUCCUGUUCAGUCUCUGGGGGCUCACUUUCGGCAUCUACUGGGGAUUUGGUCUGCCGAUGCAGGUACGCUCGGCCAACUUCUUGGGAGCAAACCGCCCAGCAGCCGCAAAGCAGACAUUGUACGUGAGCACGCUGCUAGGAGGCAUCACGACCUUCGUGUGCGCGUUGCUAACGUACUUGUUCCGAGCCCCCAUCAUUGGGUUUUUCACCAAGGACCCAGUCGUGGCUGCAGACAUCGACAGCACGAUGCCUAUGUUUUGCUUGGCUGUGUUCCUGUCAGGCCUGCACAUCAUCAUGUCUGCAGUGGUUGAGGCCAUGUCGUUGGCGGCGACACUUGUGGCCAUUACGACUGCCGGAUCCUGGCUUACCAUGCUGCCGACUUCAUAUUUGCUGGGGCUCGCUUGGAACUGGGGGCUGCAUGGGCUGUGGUGGGGCGCUGUUUGCGGCGAAAUUGUGAAAUUCAGCUUGAUGGUGCUGACCCUGUGGCGUAUCGACUGGCGUGAAAUGGCUCGCCGUGCUGUGCGGCAAUCGGAACGCAGCGUGCCUGCUACGCCCGAUGUCCGGCCAUCCAGCCCUACACCAGUUCGCACGCUCUUCUCGGCUGCCUCGCAGCGCGUGCACCACCUUUCCUGCGACAAGAAGGGCACCCCCUCGAGGCGGGGACUUCGGCGCAUGAACUCGUACGGAUCGACAAGCAGCACGCACACGAGUCCAGCGCCGAUCCACGCCAUAGCGAUUUCACCAUGA